GGUUUCCCGCUCUUUAUAAUAAUGAUAAUAGUACCAAUAAAAAUUAAAAGUAAGCAUCAAAAACAACAAUACCGCUUAUGUUUGUUUUAAAUAAAAAAUUGUGAACUAAAAUCCAAAGUAAUUAUCAUUAAUUAUUUAAUAAAGUAAAUGAUAAAAUAUGUCUAAUAAUUUAUUGCAUACCAAUUAUGAAUUUCCACAUGAAGAAAUUAAUAGAACCGAACAUCAGACUUUCAGAGUCGGUGAUUCUUCUUUACAUCCUGAAAAUGUCGAUAGCUAUGCUAAUUAUUUUAAUAAUGAGAGAGUAAAUAAAGUUAAUGAAGAAAGGGUUCAGCUGACUAAUAACAAUAAUUAUUUACAUUCAUCAUCUAACGAAAUGAGUUGGGAGGUUGAAGAUUAUAAAAUAUAUGAUCUCGACAGUAUAAAAUUACAGCCGCAGAAAAAUAAUAACUUGGAAGCGAACAAUUCAAAUUCAGUUACUGGAAAUAAAGACUGGGAUGCUGAUGAUAUUUUACAAAUGAUUGGAGAUAAUUCAAGUUUGGAGAUAAUGGAAAAUUAUGAAGAAAGAAAAAAGAUUGAGUACUCAAAUAAUGGACGUAAUCGUCAAUUAGAAAAUAGUAUUUAUGUUAAUAAUGAUAAAUCUCAAAAAUUAACAUCAGAUACUAAUGAAAAUAGUGAUGUAAAUACCAGUGAAGAGACUAAAGACACAAAUAUGACUGAUAAUAAUCUCCAGGUAGCGUUGACUCCGACAACAGCAUCAACAGAGCAAGUUAAUUCGCCUCCAGUUCUAAAUACGUUACCAGUUUCUUACACUGACUAUUAUAAAAAUUUAUUUCAAGUACAGCCGUUUCCCUACCAUCCGAUUCCUAUGAAUCAAAUGGGGCAAAAUAUGUUACCAUUCUUUCCUAUCCUUCCUGGUCUAUAUCCAAACUUUUGUUUUCCCAUGAAUUAUUUUCCAUUUUUUCCAUAUUUUACUUUUUUUAUGCCAAUGGCUGGAAUCAUGCCAUCAGUAAAUUCAGUACCGGAGGAAAUUCCAGCGAAACCCGAAGCUGUUAAUAAUUUAAGCAUAGGAACUAUUGCUAAUAAUUCAAUCAAUACAAACAAAGUAAAUAAUGAGAAACCGGUUAGUAUUGAGACUCGUGAUUUGCAGCCUAAAGUUUUAAUAGAAAAGAUAAAACCGCCGAAAUCAUCAUCAACUAAACAAGUGAGUCGAAAGUCAAUACCGAAAAAAUGUGUCACUGUUAUUAUUCCUAAGCCUGACUCUAAGAAAAAUAUUUCGUCAAAGACAAUAAAACCAAAAAUAGAAUCAUCGAAAACAUCGAAAAAAAAACUACAAAAUGAAUAUUCAAAUCAUAAUAAUGUGGCCGAAGGAUUCGAAUGUCAGAAAUGUAGCUACGUAGCAACUCAGUUGGGGAAUUUAAAGCGUCAUAUGGCAGUUCAUUUAGAGGAUCGUCCUUUCAAGUGCCUGGACUGUCCAUUCACUACUCGUUAUUCUUACAGUCUUCAAUGCCAUAUAAGAAGACAUAGCGGCGAAAGACCAUUCGAGUGUGAAGUUUGUCAAUCAAAGUUCAUCACUUCAUCUAAUUUGAACCACCAUAAGGUUAUUGCACACAACCUGUGCCCACCUAAAGCGUCACUGAAGUGUAGACGUUGUAAUAUGACAUUUUCCAAUAUACAAGACUUAAAUCAACAUAAAGCCAGUCAUAGAAUAAAACAUAUUUACCGUUGUAAACUAUGUUCUUACACAUCGACAUCGUCAAUUACUUAUAAAAAUCAUGUGAGCAAGCAUGAAAAUCCAAGCAUAUACAUUUGUUACGAUUGUGGGAAACAAUUUGUCCAAAAAUCGUCUUUAGAAAAACAUAUAAUUAAUCAUCAUAUUCUAUAGCAUUUAAUUUAAGAAUUACUUGUCAUUAAGUUUGAGAUAUUCAGGGCUGGUCCAUAGUUUUUAAUCAAGUUCAAUAAUUAUACUGUCAAAUAAUUAAACUCUGAUUAAAAAUCUGAUGAAUAUUAUACUAUUAAUUAAUAUUAAUAUUUCGAUAAUAUAAAACUCGAAAAAAUAGAUUAUUGUUUCUAUUUCAUAGAUAUAAAAAAGUUUUAAAUUUAAUUAAUUACUAAUGUUUUAUAUUUUUUUUUAUGAGGCAACGCUAAAUUUAAAUAAAAAAAAAGCUUAAAUUCUGAUUCGUAAAAUAAUUUUAAAUACUUUUAAUAAUGAACUUUAAGGGUCCAUUAAGGGUUAAUGUUAAUCACUUCAAAAAAAUUUUUUUUUAAUUAUUUUAAAGCCAGUUUUUCAUUAAUUAAAAAAAGUUAUCUUUAUA